CAGUGUUACCAACAAUAAAUUAACAACCAUACACGAACACGUGUUUUGCUUUUCUUUCUUGCCUUUGGUCAGGUAUCAUUUUUCCGUUGCUUGGAGGAGUUCACAUCAUUUUAUAUAUUUUACAGAACUUUUAUUUUUAAAUCAUGGGCAAACCAGGAUUCUCACCACGCGGAGGAGGUGGAAACGGAGGUGGUGGUGGUGGUCGUGGUCGUGGUGGCGGUUUUGGUGGUCGUGGUGGUGGCGGCCGCGGAGGAGGUGAUCGAGGACGCAGCAGUUUCGGUGGACGUGGAGGAGGCGGUCGUGGUGGUGGCGGUAGUCGUGGCGGGCCAGGUGGCAGAGGAGGAAGAGGUGGAGGAGGUCGUGGUGGAAGAGGCGGAAGUGGUGCUGGUGGUUUCAAAGGAGGUAAAACUGUUGUAAUUGAGCCCCAUCGUCAUGAAGGCGUGUUUAUAGCACGUGGAAAAGAAGAUGCUUUGGUAACAAGAAACUUUGUCCCUGGUUCCGAUGUUUAUGGAGAAAAAAGGAUUUCUGUUGAGACAAAUGGCGAAAAAAUAGAGUACCGUGUUUGGAACCCCUUCCGAUCAAAGCUCGCCGCAGCUAUUUUAGGAGGUGUUGAUAAAAUACAUAUGCCUCCAGGUUCUAAAGUACUUUAUUUAGGAGGGGCAUCAGGCACCACAGUUUCACAUGUCUCCGAUGUUGUUGGACCGGAAGGCCUUGUAUAUGCUGUAGAAUUUUCGCAUCGUUCCGGUCGUGAUCUUAUCAAUGUGGCAAAGAAACGUACAAAUAUUAUUCCCAUAAUUGAGGACGCUCGUCAUCCUCAUAAAUACCGCAUGCUAGUCGGAAUGGUGGAUACAAUAUUCGCGGAUGUUGCACAACCAGAUCAAGGGCGUAUCGUCGCGUUAAAUGCACAACACUUUCUUAAAAAUGGUGGGCAUUUCGUUAUAUCUAUUAAGGCAUCAUGUAUUGAUUCUACUGCGCAGCCAGAGGCAGUAUUCGCCGCUGAAGUUAAAAAAAUGCAAGCAGACAAGUUAAAGCCACAAGAGCAGAUAACGUUAGAGCCUUAUGAACGCGAUCAUGCAGUUGUUGUGGGAGUUUAUAGACCGCCACCUAAAAGUGUUGGCUCUUAAAUACAUUUUUGGUUAGUUGCCUUAAUUUUAAAGAUAAUAAAAAAUUUGAUAAGAUCUAGAUCUUAAGCGACAUCAAAUCCAGAUUUAAUUGCAUUAACUACAGCACUUAUUUUAUGUACAUUUUCAAUUACUGCAGCUAAUAUGAGUAUAUUGCUUGUAAAUGCACUGUUUAGAUAGAAGGUUUUUUGAUUGUAACAUAACAUAAAAAACAAGCGUUAUUUUACAACUAAUUUAUAUUCGAUAUAACAGCGCUUCCGAAAAAAUUGUAUCUGAAAUAUACAAAAAAUAUAUAAACUGCAGUAUGAGAUAAUUGACAGUUUAAGUUUAUAAGUAAGUUAAUUUAAGUUCGGUUUUUCAUUUUCUAAUAUAUGUUUGCAAUUCUUUUAAUUUGAAGAAGUGCUUCAAUCGGAAUUGAAUUGCAGAUAAUAAAUACCUGAUAAAACUAAA